UCCUGUCCCUGUGCCGAUCCCAGGUCUGUCCCCGUGUCCCCCGCCCAUCUCCCUGUCCCUCCCCAGUUUUGUCCAUGUGCCCCUCUGCUCCCAUCCCGAGACCCCCACCCAUGCCCAACCCGCCCAUCUCGAGGUGUCCCGUGGUGUCCCCUCAGGGCCCUGUUUUACUUUCUGUCCCCACAAAUCCACCCUUGGGGCACAGCACGUGUCCCCAGCAACAGCUUCACCUGGGGGCGGCAGGAGGGGAAACUGAGGCGGGGGACCAUGGCAUAGGGGUCCACGGUGCUGCUCCCCCCUCCCCGAACCUGCCGGCUGAUAUUUUGGGGUUAUCUGGGGGUUUGCUCAGUUCCCACCGGGCACUGCGGGAGGCCCAGAGCCUGGGGCCGUGCUGGGGGUCCCUGUGCGGGAGGAGCCCCCGGGGGCGGGGAACAGGGUGGGGGGCCCUGCUCCCCCCGGCUGGGAACGCGCGGGCGCCAGGACCCUGCAGACACGGCCUCCCAGACCUCUGUGCGUGACGCGGCGUGACGGGACGUGACGUGACGGUGCAGCGUCCCCGCCACGGCCAUCCCCUUCCCCUUCCGCCAUCCCCGACCCCCGGCGCAGGGCCUGGCCCCCGCCGCCACCCCCGGCGGCCCCGCGGCCCCGCCUCGUCCCGCCGAGGGACGCUGCCCCCGCACACGCAUGUGACACACGUGCUCCCGCCCCGGUGACACAGACGGGCGCACGCGUGCGCGGGGCUGAGAGCUGCCUGCCGAGCGGGGACAGCUGUCCCCAAGUGUCCCCAACCCCGCCGUGCCCACUGUGCCCUCCACGCCCCCACUGCCAUCCCAGUGCCCAUGACCGGGGACACCAGGACAAGCCGACCCAGGGACACCCCACCAGACCCCCCAGGGGACAUGGGACCCCCCCAGGGGAUGUGGGACCCUGGGCAGCCCCGCUGCCCCGCAUGCUGGCGGGGUUCGGUGCCACAGGCCGUUGGUGGCGGUGGGUGGCGGUGUCCCCGCCGUGCCCCCCCGCGGCCCCCCGGCCCCGCUGCCGCCGUCAGUCAGGCCUGGCCCCACGCCCGGCGCCGCAAGAUGGAGGCGCCUGCGCUGCUCCGGGCCUGGGUGCUGGCAGCCGUGUUCCUGGCGGGGUCCUGGGCCGCCCUCCCCAGCCACCGCAUCCUCCCCGAGCACCACGUCUCGGCCGAGACCGGAGCCAUCUUCGUGCAGGCGCUGGAGCAGGAGCGGUUCCAGGAGGCCUUCGUCGCCGGGCGCGAGGAUGACGGUGCAGCUGCCCCUGUCACGUUCCAAGCGCACCUCAGCGACCACCCCGACCUGCCGCGGUGGCUGCGGUACGUCCAGCGCGACCCCCGCCAGCACGGCUACCUCUACGGCUGCCCCACGGCCGCCGAGCUGGGCACCCACGUCAUCGAGGUGCUGGCGUACAACCGGCACACCUACGAGACGGUGGCACAGCGCCUCGUCAUCACCGUCAUCCCUGCGCCAGGUGGGGACCCCCCGUACCAGGCUGAGUUCCUGGUGGGCAACAGGAACGUGGAGGAGCUGCUGCCGGCGGCCGCGCGGGAGAUGUUCCUCCAGGCCGCGGCCGGCGUCUGGGAGCGGGACGACCUCCGUGUCACCAACGUCACCUCCGCGCUGGACCGGGGCGGCCGCGUCCCGCUGCCCAUCGAGGGCCGCAAGGAGGGGGUGUAUGUGACGGUGGGGUCCCCCGGGCCCUUCUCGCCGUGCCUGGUGGCGGCCACGUCCCCGCGGAGCCGCCUGCGCUGCAGCCAGGGCCAGCAGCCGCUCGCUUCCUGCUACGACACCUUCGCCCCCCGCUUUGCCGUCCGCUGGUGCAACCUCACCCUGCUGCAGGUCCGUUCCAGCCCCACGGCGCCAGGGCCAGUGUGGGGUCCCGGGGUGCUGGAGGAUGGGGGGGAUUUCCAGGCCCCCACUGAGGUGCCCCCCCGGGACCUGCUGCCCGGGUACCUGGUGACGCUGCUGGUGCCGCUGGCGGUGGCCGCGCUGCUGUGCCUGCUCCUGGGCCACCUCAUGUGCUGCCGCCGGGAGGGACUGCAAAAACGGGACUUGGAGACAUCUGACAUCCAGCUGGUCCACCACACCAGCAUCCACGGCGACACGGAGGAGCUGCGGCACAUGGCCGCCAGCCGGGACGUCCCGCGGCCGCUUUCCACCCUGCCCAUGUUCAACAUCCGCACGGGUCAGCGCAUCAACCCCAUGCCCAGUGCCCCCGACGGUGCCCGCGUCCCCCUCCUCCCGCGGUGAGCCGGGGCGGGGGUCCCCGGGUGGCACCGGCUGGUGCCAGGGGGACAACACCAGCGGUGGGGAUGGAGAAAGGGUGUCACGGUGCUUGCGGGGGGACUUUUGGGGGACAGUGUUCAGCCAGGUGGGUGGCCGCCUGUCUCCCGGGCACUGACGCUGCCAGGCUAUUGCCUGAGACAUUGGGGGGGCUACCAAUACUUGGGGGGGUCAUCAGCACCCAUAGGCAUCAGUGGGGCAAUGCAGAACACCUGUGUCCUGUUCCCUGCCCCUCCCACCCCAUCUGUCCCACCUGGCCUGGGGAAAUGCUUAAAUAAGAGCGGGGGGAACAUCUCAUCUCUUUCUUGGGGGGAAUAAGCUGUGUUCUGCUCUUUCUCCAGGUAAUGUUGGUGGCCUUGUUGCUGUCACCCCCCUGGGGUGACCCCACCAAGGUCCCUGCUGUGGGAAAGGGACUAUGGGGGGGUUGGCUGAUAAAGUAGCAGUUUAGCAAUGAGAA